CAGAGAGAAGACUGUCUUCUCUCUGUCUCAGUUUUCUCUCUGCUCUGACAUAUAAAAGACUAUACUCUUUUUUACUACAUAAAAUAGUAUACUCUUUUCUUGGUUCGACUUUACAUACUUUUUGACAGAUAAAGCGGUCUGUACAAUUUGGUUAAACAGCAGAUUCGAUUUUGUUUUAUUUAUUGAAAAUCAUUUUCAUUUCUCAAUGCUUAACACAUAGAGCGUCCAACCUCGGAGUAGUCAAUUCCUGAAUAUAGUUUUGAUCAAUUUAAAUUAAUUCUAUUGCAAUAAUUAAGAAUGCCGAAAAAUAAAGGUAAAGGAGGAAAAAACCGUAGAAGAGGGAAAAAUGAAAAUGAAACAGAAAAACGGGAAUUAGUUUUUAAAGAAGAUGGACAAGAAUACGCUCAAGUCACAAAAAUGCUAGGUAAUGGAAGACUUGAAGCUAUGUGUUUUGAUGGCGUUAAACGAUUGUGUCAUAUCCGAGGGAAACUUCGUAAAAAAGUAUGGAUUAAUCAGGGUGAUAUUAUAUUGAUUGGUUUGAGAGAUUACCAAGAUGCAAAAGCCGAUGUAAUUCUUAAAUAUACCUCAGAUGAAGCUCGAAAUUUGAAAACUUACGGAGAAUUUCCAGAAACUGUUCGCAUCAACGAUACUGUCACAUUUGUCGAAGAUGGUUUAGAUGAAGAAAUUGAAUUCGGCGAUAAUUUUAGUUCUGGUGGUGAAGAUGAUGUUGACAACAUGUGAUGAGCCACCCAAUGAGGAAAUAUUUGUAAACCCAAAAAUAUAAUCAGAAAAAGUUAAGAAAGGUUUUAUUUAUCAUAAAGAUAAACCAAAAAAAGUUAAAAAAUAUUUUUUUCUUAAGUGAAAAAUAAAGUAGCGAAAAUAUCAAA